UUCUGCGCAUGCGUCACCUCGAGAGAGCUACCGAGGUCGAAUCCAGGAUUUCUGUAACCUCAGUUAAAGUUAGGUAAAAAUGCCGUCAGACUAUGAUAAAGGAGCUUACCCAGAGCCUCCUCGGCAAACCCCGGUUGUGGAUAAACAGACGUCGCUGCCGAACCCGGCUCUGCUUCUGUCCAAACUCUUCUAUUACUCCGUGGACCUGCCUGUCACCACUUUUAGAGAGACUAUAGACAGCAUUCGUGGUAAAAACAGGGCGGUGUACUAUCACCAGAAGUUCCGCCGUGUCCCAGAUCUGACUGAAUGCCAUAAGGGAGACUACGUCUGCUACUACGAGGCAGAGAUGCAGUGGAGGAGAGACUAUAAAAUAGACCAGGAGAUCGUGAAAGUGAUCCAGGAGCGUAUGAGGGCCUGCCAGCAAAGAGAAGGAGCCAGCAAUCAGCAGAACUGUGCUAAAGAAAUAGAGCAGUUCAACGAGGUGACAAGGAACUUCCAGUCACGUUAUGAAGACCUUGGAGCAUAUGCCAGUGCAAGGAAAUGUCUAAUGAAGCAGAAAGAACGAAUGAUGGCGGAAGCUCAGGCCCUGAGUGCAUAAGAGUUCUACUUGUGUCCUGUUAUAAAUUGUAAAAUAAAAUGUAUCUCCUAUUAUGAA